UACACAACAGUGAGAAAGAGAACGUUGACGCGAUCAGUCAGAGACGCAGCUCAAGUAAAAUUAUUAACGCUGAAAUGGGGAAUUUGACACGCAUUGUUUUAAUAUGUCUAAACAUCUAUGGCGUUUUCGCGGCGGAUUCUACCUGUAAUAAUUGUGUAAACACGGAAAAUAUGCAUCCUUUCAUAAAAAUCGGCAGCAAGUACUACUUUGUUAACGAGUCCUUAAAGAUGAACUGGUUCGCAGCAUCUUACUACUGUCGCUCUUAUGGUGGCGAGUUGGCGAGUAUUGAAUCGGAUGCAGAAUUGCUGGCACUGCAAAAUUACAUUUUAGCUCGAGAUAUAAAUUCGCGGCUUUGGAUUGAUGGCAAUGAUUUGGCAAGAGAAGGAGAAUUCGUCACACACACCACUGGCCGACCUUUGAUCUUUACCAAAUGGUCAUCAGGCAAUCCUAGCAAUUGGGGCAAUAAUGAAGAUUGCAUUGAUCUUUAUUUGUACAACAAAAGGCUUUUAAUGAAUGAUAACAGGUGUGACACAGAGCUUCUCGCAAUUUGUCAGUAUCGCGAACCCAACAGUCAUUGCAGUGGAAAGAAUUCGUUGACGUAUCAAAACGAUAACUGUAUACUAAGCGGCUUAGUUGAGGCUCUUGCGCAAACAUUCCAAAGUUUUAAAUCAAACUCGCUAUGCCCCAGAUCAUAGUGCGUGGGCGGCGCUUACCAUUUGGUUUCCCCUUCAAACAAAUUAGAGAACAUGGCGCCAACUAAGAGCACAUAGAGCGAGGGAGAUAUGGUGCUCUUUCAAAGUGCACGACUUUUAUGCAUGUAUAUAAUUUUAUAUUAGUCUUCAAUGUUUAUACUGAUCACUUACAAACAAAAUUAAAUAAAACUGGUAAAUGGGAAAGA